CGGGAUCGGACGUUCACAACCUGGGCGCUGCUGCCGACGCCGGCCACGUGGGGGCGCACUCCCUGGCACACAGCCUCUCCAUCUGUUCAUCGUGCACCACGAUCCACUCUUGAACCUCCCCGCCGUCCAACACCAUGAAGAAGCUCUUCGGAAGAGACAAACCCAAGGCGGUCAAGGUUACUCCAAGCAGUCCAGUCGACGUCUCCGGUCUCGGAGAAAACCACACGUACCCGUCCCACCGACAUGACAGACUGCACUCCGGCACGGAAGAGCAAUGGGAUCUUAUGUCAGAAACGGACCCACCCCUGCAGCCCUUACGCCCUCCAAAUUAUGCCCCGUCCCAGACACUUUCUUUCGCGUCCAUGAACAGUAUGAACUCCCCUGUCCCUAGUCCAGUACCACGAUCCACGUCGCCCUUCAGCAUAGUCUCUGCAGUACCGCCACCAAGCUCGAAAGCGAGCAAAGAGCGCGACGGGACGGUGCUGAAGAAGAAACCACCAUCGACCCCGAAUGCAUUUGCGGCGGUAGGCAUCCUCAACUCCCUAAACCCCACCCUACCAGAACCUGUAAACUCGCAUGAUACGUCGGAUGAUGGCUACACGGACUCCUCCCAUAAGGAAGAGAAGGAAAAGAAGGAGAAGCGUCCGUUCUGGGAUCGGACGGGUCACAGAGACAAGGAAAAGGACAAGGACAAGGAGCGCGCGAGGGAGCGAGAGCGAGAACGGGAACGGGAACGAGACAGGGAUCGGGAUGUUCUACGAGGGAGGGAACGAGAGAAAGAGAGGAAGGAAGAGGGCACCCCAGUGGAGAUCACACGCAUGCUAGGAUAUCUCUUCGCAACAUCUUCGGAAGACUGGAUGCUGGUCUUGGAUGUCUGUGAUAAAGCCUCAGCGAAUGAGGAGAAUGCGAAAGAGGCGGCAAAAGCGCUAAGGAAGGAGUUCAAGAGCGGAGAGCCGUCCACGCAGCUUGCUGCUGCCAGGCUAUGGGCAAUAAUGCUUCGCAAUUGCUCCAUCCUGUUCGUGAAGCAUUGUGCAUCGCGCAAGUUCAUUGAUACCCUCGACGAGGUCUUGAAGGCCAAGACAACACCUCCUGUGGUCCGAGAACGAUUACUUCAGGUCCUUGCUGCUGCCUCUUAUGCCAGCGACAAUGAUUCCAACUUCAGGCAUUUGUGGCGGAAGUACAAGAGAGACGAGCAGCCAGAUGAGGGCGUACCAUUCGAUACCGACGAUGCUAUGUUCUAUCCAGCAACGCCACGACAUUCCGUCGGUCCAAAUACCUUAACGCCGCCUGUUGUGGAACAGCCACUACACCCCCAGUCUCUCACACCGGGCCAGCCGCCCUCACAGCAACGUCCUUCGUCGCAGCCUCAGCAUAACCACCACCACCCUCCUUCACAACAACAAACGCCUCAACGACCUCCGUCUACGACUACUCCAGGAAAAACCAAAUCACAUUCUUCACGGACUCGCAUCAUCCCUCCGGAGGAGGACAUUCGACGCUUAUUCCAAGAGUGUAAAGUCGGACGAGGAAACGCGAAUUUGUUAUCGGAGGCGCUCGCUUAUGCGAAGCCAGAAGACCUCAAGAGCAAGGAUAUCAUCAAGGAGUUCUAUGCUCGCUGCCGAGCUUCUCAGGAGCUGAUAUCCGCACAAAUCCCAUGGGCGUUCGCUCAGGCAGAACGCUCACGUGAGGCUGCGGGCAGGCCGACUGAAGCUGCAAAAGCAAGAGAGACUCGUGCAUCUGUUGACAGAGAUCGGGAUCAACCCCCGUCCAGUCCCAAGAAAGACAAGGAUGAGCACCUCACAACUGAGGAGAAGCUUCUUGCUGCGAUCCUUGCGGCAAAUGAAGAACUGCUCGAGGCGCUCCGAUUGUACGACGACCUUGAACGAGUUGGCAUUGAGCGAGACGCGGAAGAGCGUAGUAAGCGCGACAUCCGCAUGGAUCGUUCGCGGCUUGUUUACGACGAGAACAAUGAGGCUCACUUCCUCGAACCCGGACAAGCGAACCACGGCGGCGCGUCGUCGUCGCGUAGUCCGUCACCCUCACCAUCGACAUCUCCUUCUCCCGCCCCAUCGCUCGUUAUUACUCCCUCCAUCGCGCACAGCACCAUCAGCCAGCCAGCACCCACCCGACCACAGCCUAAUAGCAACCAGGGUCAUACUGACCGCAACCAUCACCAGUCACACACGCAUCAUCCGGUCUCCCAAGGAUCGGGCCAAUCUCUUGCGCCGCCGCCCCCAGCGCCCCAUGGCCCGCGCCUACCGACGCAACGUUCGAACACACCAUCACCAGAGCGCGGCUCGCUUCAUCGCGGCCCUGCGCCCGGGCGGUCAUCGCUUGAUAGCACGCGGGGUUCCAUCACGACAGCGCCCACCCCAAGCAAGCUCAGGCAAAACAGCAGCGAGGAGUGGUCGGAGGUAGACCACGACAAUGACGAUUGCAAGACGCCGGUGCGGCCCAGCGCGAAAGCGCUCGGGAAGCGCAGGGUCGUCGAGCCACCGGAAGGCGAACGCCCGUUUGAUCCCGACGACCUGUUCUAUGACCAGAGCGUGAACGAGUCGAUACGCACCUCGGAGGACUCGGACUCCGAAGACGGCCAUCCAAAGAAUCCUUGGCAUCGUCCAGUGCACUACGUGUACGAUGCAGCGGCAGAACGGACGCAGCAGCGCAUUCGCGAAGGACGCCUUGCGGCAGCCGCGCUCGUUGGUGGGGUGCACUGAUUCCUAUCUCGCAUUUGUUAAACGGUCAUUAUGACUGUACAUAGCUAGCCCUCAUGCGUCAUGCUCUAAGGGACAGGGGUUUUUUGGUCUUCGAGUCGACAUGUUGUGUUACAUACUUACAGUACUUAUAUGCCGUCUGAGGCGAUGCUUGUGUGGGAUCGUUGGGAAUCAUGUAUGCGCGAGGAGAGUAGAGGCGUAGCGACCACAAUAGGAGCGUGUCGGAGGUGUACACUAUCACUAAGCAUAUCUGGACAUCGGUAAUUCGAAGAC